UUUACUUAAACCUUCCAGCCGCACUAUGGCCCUGGGAUCGACUCAGCCUUUAACAGAAAUGAGUUCUGGGAGUCUUACUUCGGACCCUUGGGACAAAGGAUCGCCGGGGAUAAAUGCUCGCAUAAUACCACAGUCGCGGUCUCGUGGUUAAUGCGCUGUAUCCUAGGGAAGAAGUCUGAUUUCGAACUAUGGUGUCAAUAUUUUCACUUAAGAGAAUGUCUAGAAUUUUAUACGGUUGCAAAAUUAGGGAAUAUAUUAAGUCAAUGCUUUGGUGGAACAGAAACAUAUGAAAAAACAACAGGAGUAAAAUUUUCAUUUGGUACAACACAAGGCAUUCUAACACAACCUGGUACUGGCAUCACAAGAGACUGCACUGCUAUCUGUCGUCAGACUCCAACUUGUGCUGCAUUUACUGUUGAUUAUGAGAAUUCAAGAUGUCAGUCAUACAACAUGGACUCAACAGGCCACCGAAACAGUCUGCAUGAUAAAAUUGGAAGCAACUAUUUUGAGAAAAUAUGUCUUCGUGGAGUUUCCAACUUGAAUGCCAUGUGCGGAGAUCGUUUAUGGGCAUUUGAAAGAGCCGUAGGUGCUUUCUUGGAAGGCUUUGAUGACCGGGAAGAAAGAAAUGUGCAAACAAAAACUGAAUGUGAAAAAUUGUGUCUGUUUGAAACUAGUUUCACAUGCAGGUCAGCAGAAUUUGAUGAAUCAAUAAAUAUAUGUCGAUUGAGUCGAGAAGACCGGCGAAGUCAGCCAGCUGCUUUCCGUCGUCAACCGGGAAGUACUGUAGACUAUUUAGAAAACCAGUGUGUUAGAUCUCUGCCAGACUGUCGUUACAAUGUAAGAGAAGGGACUGCAGUUAUAUCAAUGGAUGAACUUCAGUUUGCAGCAAGUCAAGGAGAAUGUGAAGCUUUGUGUGAUCAGGCAAGAGGAUUCACUUGUCGUGCAUUCACAUAUGCUAUGGAAGAAAAACGAUGCUAUCUGAGUGGUGAUGAUUCCAUUUCACUUAGUAGUGCACCGUUAAUAGCCAAACGGGAUGCAGUCUAUGCCGAGAAGCAAUGCAGCAUUAGCCAGUGUGAAGAUGGACUCUUCACAUUUGAGAAGGUGACUGGUCACUUUCUACGUAGUGCUCAGCAAGUUGGACUGGCAAUGGCUGCUUCACCUGGAGUAACACUGGAGUGUGGAGCGCGAUGCCUUGAAGCAGGAUCAGAUUGUCCUGCCUUCACUCUAGAUUACAAUUCAAUGAAAUGUUUUAAGCUGGAUCGUAAUACGCAGGGCCGUGGCAGUGAACUUUCUGCCAGGGAAGGCCAAAGUUACUUUGAGAAAAUUUGCCUUAGAGGUAAUGUCCGUGGAUGUGAGGGCAGGGCUUGGGCAUUUGAUCGGCGGCCAGGAAAAGAACUUCGUGGAUUUGAUGAUCUGAAAUUGCCACUGGUGCAGAGUCGGAGGGACUGUAUGGAGGAAUGUUUAGCUCAACGUCGCUUUGACUGUCGUUCAGCAGAAUAUGACACACAGACAGCUGAAUGUCGUCUCAGCAGUGAAGACCGUCGAUCUCGUCCCAGUGACUUCGUGGAUGCACCAUCAACAGUGGAAUAUUUAGAAAACCAGUGUUUACCCAGUGAGUCUAGAUGCAACUUCAAGUCUGUUCCUAACUCAUAUCCACGUUAUCUUGACAUUGUUCUCUCUCUCGUAAGUGAUGAAGUGGACUGUGAGAGACGAUGCUAUGAAUAUUCUGACUUCAUCUGCCGAUCAUUUUCAUAUUACCCAAGUGGAAGUCAGUGUUUUAUCAGUGGUGAUGAUAGAGGAUCUGCAGGUAAUGAAGCACUGAUGUCUCGGCCAGGCACCAACUACUAUGAGCGCAGCUGCCUUGUUGCAGGUGGCCCAGGACCUGGAACAAGUCCAAGCAACCCGCAAGGUCGUUGUGCUGUAGGUAGAGCUGAGUUUGAGAAAGUGACAGGCUAUGAACUUCAAGGUCAACGAGAAUACCCUCUUCUGAGGGGACAUAAUCCUGGACUUGCAGUUCAGUGUGCUAACCAGUGUAAAAUAGACCCACGUUGUCAUGGGUUCAAUUUUAACUAUAAACUCAAUGAAUGUACAGCUCUGGAAGGAGAUGCUGAUCCAACAAGAAUCGACAUUCGUCAAGUGCCUGGUGUUGCUUAUUUUGAAGGAGUCUGCCUACGAGGAGCUGGAUGUGGUAUGGCUUGGACAUUUGAACGUCAUGUAAACCGUGAGUUGAGGGGUUUCACAAAUGCUCAUUACAUUACUGGGAGCAAAACUGAAUGUGAAGAUCGCUGUCUAGAUGAAAGAUCAUUCAUCUGCAGGUCAGCUAGUUAUAGUUAUCGGCGCCAAGAAUGUCGUUUGAGCUCAGAAGAUCGUUUCACUCAACCACAAGCAUUCGAAAUGUCUAUGGAUUCAGAUUACCUAGAAAACCAGUGUAUUCCACCUGUGGGUAGGUGUGCAUACCGAAAUUUUCAACGAGACCGGCAGCUAAUCUACACUGAUAAGUCUUUAUCGGCUUUCAGCGACUCUAGUUGUCAACAUGCUUGUGAUGUAGAAAGAGAGUUUAUGUGCCGAUCUUACACAUUCUUGAGCACAGUCGGAAGUAACACAAAUCAGUGCUUGCUGAGUGCAUCAGUGGCUGCUGGCACAGAACAGGCCUUUAAACUUCAGAAUGGGGCUCUGUAUGCAGAGAAGCAAUGUGGGAGUCUUCAGCCACCUGAACCAGUUCCCCCCCCUGGUAGGCCCGGUUCUGAUCCAGGUUCCCGUUAUCCUUCUGGCACAGAUCAAGAUGGUGUCCUGUCCCCAUACCCCUGUCGUUACACACUGACAUAUGAGAAGAUAGCAGGUGCUGCUUAUGGAAAUGCACAGAGGGAACCAAUUAGGACCAGAGCAGAUAUUGGAAUCAGUGGAGAAUGCCUGAUAAAAUGUGGACAACUGAGGCAUCGCUGUCUUGCUGUUUCUCUUGAAAAUGUGCGAGGGGGUCGCCAGAGGUGUUACAGUAUUGAGCGAUCAGCGGACUCAGAUGGUGGCUUACUUACCUCAGCCCCAGAGCUUGCAUAUUUUCAGAAGAUAUGCCUGCAAGGAAGGAUUUGCCCUAAAGCAUGGGCAUUCACAAGGGUUCCCAGCUAUGAACUUAAUGCACCAAAUGCAAUAGAAAUUAAGAAUAUGUUUGGACGACGUCAGUGUCAAGAUCAAUGCCUCCAGGAAUCACGGAUUGUAUGCAGAUCAGCAACAUACUAUGGACGGGAUCGGGUGUGUAAAUUGAGCCCAGAUACGAGACGCUCCCUACCUCAGCACUUCAGGCGGGCAGCUGGUGAUGUUGACUACAUGGAAAAUGAGUGUGCACAGCAGCCUCCAAACUGUGAAUACACAAAUUUUCCAGGAAAAUUUCUACCAUAUACAGACCGAUAUGUGCCUCAAACUUAUGCCACAGCAGACUGCAGGAGAUUAUGUAAUCAAGAGCGUGAAUUUCCGUGUCGAUCAUUCAAUUACAACUCUGCAAGACGUGACUGUUUCCUCAGUUCAGAUGACACAUUUGCUGCUGAUAAAACAGCGCUACUUUCUGACAAAGAUUUCUUCUAUAGUGAACAUGGUUCUUGUAGUAAUGUUCGAGUUGACUGCACACAAGCAGACAUGCUGGUAACAUUUCUGUUUGGAGCUCCUUUUGAGGGACGAGUGUAUUCUACAGGAAAUCCACAAGCAUGUUUUGAAAUGGGAAAUGGUCAAGCACAGAUAGUUCUCCGUAUUCCUAUGGGAACUCAAUGUGGCACUGUUCAACAGGGUCGUGGACGAUAUGUGAACCAUGUGGUAAUUCAGCAGAAUCCAGUAAUUAUGCAAGAGACAGAUAAGACAGUUCGAGUGGAAUGCACAUUUGAUGCCAGUGAUCAGACUGUAUCAUAUGCACCCAGUGGUACACGGGACCAGGAAGGUGGAGGCAUCAGUGUUUCGGUGCCAUUUCGGCCAUCAGGAACAAAUAUUGUCACCAAUACUGCCCCAACUCCAAAUGUUCGCAUGCGUAUUGUGACACGGACUGGCCAAGAAGCUUCAGUGGUUGGCUUGGGAGAGGAGUUGAGACUUAAGAUUGAGAUAGAUCCAUCAAGUGCAUUUGGUAUCUUUGUGCGAAACUUAGAGGCCCGAACAGAUAAUGGUGAACUUCUCACUCUCGUCGAUAAUGUGGGGUGUCCACAUGAUCAUAACAUCUUUCCAGCACUUCAGGUCGAAAGAGGAGUCCGGGAUUUGUUUGCUGACUUCAAAGCAUUUCGAUUCCCUUCAACAUCUACUGUUAAUUUUGUGGCAACUGUUCAGUUCUGCCAGGAUAUUUGUGAACCAAUUCGUUGUAAUAACGGUGUGCAUUCAUUUGGAAGACGUCGGCGGUCAACCAAUAGCACGCUGGAUACCGAUGAAGAAUCAGAACCGGAAAUUGACAGAAAUGUGACAACAAGUGAAUCAUCCAGUACACAAGGUCCUUUAGAUCAGCCAUCCUCAUCAAAAUCUUAUGAAGCUGAAAAUACUACCAUGAACAUUGCAAACGUGUCUCAGAGUGAAGAAGUGGAAAACGAAGAGGCACCAGUAACUGCAUCAGCUCAUCAAAAUCCAGCAACGGACAAGUCAGAGAACAUCACCAAUGCCAGUGUUCCUGUGACUGAAGCCAAGAACUUGCAAAAGUCAGAUGUUGAACUGCCAAGUGAACUUCCAGUACAGCUUAAGUUAGUUGUUGGCCCUAACUCAUUGCCUGAGCUGCCAAAGAGUCUCAGAAACAGCAGUUCCAAAAGCCACCUGAUGACCACAGUAAAUAACAUUGUGACUGGAGUCAGAGAUGCAAGUUAUCCAACUGGAAUGACAGAAAGAGAAAUAUAUACAGAAGAGGAAUACAUUUGUACUCCUAGGCCACUAGUGGUUGUGUCUGUGCUCACACUUCUUCUCAUCAAUGUCAGCAUGGUUAUUGGAUUUGUUAUCUUUUACCGUGUGCGGAAGAAAACCUGGAGAACAGGAGACUCAUCUUUACAUAAAAUUACUCCUGUUGCGGUCCCAGAAGUAUUGUUUCGUAGUGUUUACGGUCAAUUGCCACCAAACCCAUCAUUUGCCAACCUUGGUCAUCAGCUUUCAACCUGAACACUCUCAAAGGCUCAAGUACUUUAUACUGUCAUCAUCUUUAUAUUUAUAAUGUGCUACCACACUUUUUGCAUUUAGUGUGCAGUUUAGUAAUGUUUUGCAAGAACAGUAUAGUUGUCAACACCAGUCUUCAUUGAUUGGAAAUAACGAAAGUUUGAGUGAAGAAUAUUGACUGAUCUUCAGCAGCCCUUGUCAAAAUAAAGAGGAGAGGUAACUGAAGUGUGAAGAAACAGCACUUCCCAGUGUGAAGGAGGGAAGUGUUUCUGGCUGCAGCUCCAUUCCAUUUCUAUGCAGUGAUGUAUGUGUUAGUAUGAAUAUACACCUAAUAAUUAUCAUGUUUUGAUAUUUUUGUUUUCAUGUGCCUAGUUAUGCCAGUGUCCCUUCCUCUUCAUCAGGAUUCACAAUAUACACACAUGAAUCAUUUCAGGAUACCAAACAUGUUGUGUGGUGUAUGCCUAAAAAUACCCUUUCAACAGUGUUAUGAGCAAGCUUGAAUUGUAGGCAGACUUAGUUUUCUCUCCCCUUCACUGCAAAACACAUUUCUUGCCUGUAAUUCCUUUAAGUUUGAACCAAGUUUUGGUGCAUAAAGUGUGACUUACUCAGGUCUCUUUAUCCAAGCCAAAAGUGUUUUAUGCAAAAUAUAGAUGUUCUACUAACGAAAGUGUGGUAUUUUCAGACAUGUACACAUCUAUUUAUUGAAUAGAUGAGUUAAAAUAAAGGAAACGAAAAUGGGGAAGUUGAAAACAGUGGCGUAUAUAAGGGGUUACAAACAUUAAAACAAUAAUGAUCUGUUACAGGUGUAAACUCUAAGCACAGACAUACCCUAACAGUGUCUACAAAAGUAAGUAAAUUAUGCUGAAAGAACUGAACUCAAACAAGUAGAAAGCAUUACAAGAACAGUCAGUUUGAAAGUAAUAAGUGGGAAAGCAACUGUCAUUUAUAUUUUUCAUGAAGUGCCAUUUCAAGGUCAAGAAUCAAAUAUUUGAUUUCCCAGUUUCAUUGAGCUAGCAGCCAAAUUAAAAUCAGAGCUGUCAUGCCAAGUCAAGAAACAGUAAAUGUGUAUUUCAAGCUUUGUAUGAUGUGAAAAUUAACUUUAUAUGCUAAAAUACAAAUAAUUUAUGCACAUUCAGAAUGUCUAACAUUACAUAAAAAUUGUAAAUAUGGCAUUCUGUGGAAGCAAAAUUUCCUCCUCUGUGCUUUCUCAAACAACAUGCAAGUCUGUGUGCAAUACCUUUGUGAAAGAAGACAAGAGAGAAAAGUUCAUGUGUGUCAUAUUGCAUAAUCUGUACAUAUAAAUGAAUGGUGGUGGGAAUUUUAAAUGGGAGCAUCUAUUUAGUACAUUUUCUUGCUUCUGUAUAUUUAAGUAAAACGACUUUCCUAUACAAGGUAAAAUACCUAGUUCAUUGCUAUCACUUCUCUCUAAUGGAACUUGGAAAUUCUCUUAUUGAUGGAUCAAAGGAGCAUGGAAGGGAUUCUUGAGUAACUGCACAGAAAAUAAUAGCUUUCCAUAUGGUAUUUGAAUACUUGGUGACUUUUAUAUUAUUUUUUGCUUUAAUAGAAUAAAAUUUUCUG